GUUUCUUCUUCUCAACCCAUUCGCUCAAGUGCACGCACUAUCCCGGAUUUUCAUCUCCGCAGCGCUUUCUCUUCAUCAGUAUUCAGUUCCAACCAGCAGAGUGUAGCUACACAUGCCAGGCUUAGAGGACUCCAACCCUCUUGUCGAGGAUCCUUCUCUGCUAGGAUGCUGCAAGCCAUUGAGAAUCAAAGCCAUCAAACAUGGUGUAAUGGUAACUGCCCUAUUCUCUGUGAUCAUCUUUGCCUACAUCUACCUUUAUCUUUAUCAUUUCCAGAGUAUUGCAUCGCUGAUCAUUCAGAUACUAGCCUACCUUGCCCUUAGCUGCCUAUACAUCUGCAACUCCUCCGGUUGGCCGGAGAAGUUCAUGUCUGCUGGAUAUCUUGUAGUUGUUAUGUCUGUGUUCCUCAUCUCUUCUUUUGGACUCCAUAACUCCCGCAACCCUUAUCGCCGUGUUGGACCCGUUUCCUCUUAUCCCCAAGUUGAACUCGUUUCCUGGGCCAAUAUAGUAGCUAUAUCCUCGUAUUGCGUCUGGAAGUUUGGCUCUAUAAUCCUGCACUGCUGUAGGCUGAAAAAGCUUGUGAGAACCAUCUUACAUGGUGCAACUGUAACUAUCCUAUUGGCUGUGAUUAUAUCUACCUAUCUUCUUUAUCUUAGUAAUCUUCAUCGAUCAGAUCUUCGAUAUUACUUGAGACCAAGAGAAGAAUACAGCAUUAUUAAAGGAUGGCUACUCAUUCAGUUAGUAGCCUACAACGACGUUGGUCUCCUAUACAUUGGCAACUCCUCUAGUCGGAAGAGGAAACUUAUCUCCGCUGGACUUCUUGUUCUUGUUCUGUUUGUCUUCCUACUCUCCUCGCUUGCCGUGACCACAAUUCGAUUGCGCACCGAUCUCAUUUUCGGGGCCAACAUCGUGUCUAUAUCCUCGUACUGCAUCUGGAAGCUUUCUCCAUGGAUUGGAGUCAUCGGACGAUGGCUCGAUGCUCUUGAUGCCCACGUGGAGACGGGCCCGGGGCCACACAUACCGGCACGGCAAGAAGAAGCGGCCGUGCUUCGAAUCCAGCAGACCCCAUUUCGCAUCAAGGACCUCCUGACGGAAUUCUCGAGCCAUGAAAUCCAAUCCAUAACGCAGGACUUCGGAAACAGGGUAGGCCAUGGCGCCUCUGCCCAAGUCUUCCGUGGGAGCCUCGACGACGGCACGGCCGUCGCCGUCAAGCGCAUACAUAUGCACAGCGGGCGCACCGAGGCCGGCGAGGACGAGUUCAGAAGGGAGAUCUCCAUCAUCGCCAACGUGCACCACCGCAGCCUGGUGCGCCUCCUCGGCUACUGCCUCCCGCACGGGGGCGGCCUCUACCUGGUCUACCCCUUGUUCGAGAACGGGUCGCUGGACAGGUGGAUCUUCAGCCGCAGCGACGAGCAACGGCGCCUCCUGACCUGGCCGAAGAGGCUCUGCAUCGCCGUCGACGUGGCAAGGGCGCUCGCGUACCUCCACAAGGACUGCCACCGGCGGAUCCUGCACCUCGACGUCAAGCCGGGCAACAUCCUCCUCGACGGCGACCUCCGCGCGCACGUCUCCGACUUCGGCAUCUCCCUCUCCAUCACCCGGGACCUGACCAGCGUCAUCAACACGCGCGGGAGGGGCACCUUCGGCUACAUGGCGCCGGAGAUGCUCGUCAACGCGGUGUCGGACCGGUCCGACGUCUUCAGCUACGGCAUGACGCUUCUCGAGCUCAUCCGCGGGCGCCGGAACUUCGACCCCUCGGCGGCGGCGGCGCCGGACCCGAACCUCGCGCGGAACUUGCGGGAGAAGGUGGCGCAAGGCGAGCACAUGGAGUUGGUGGACGCAGCCAUGGUGCUGGCUGUAGACGAUGCGGAGGCGGUGAAGACUCUGGUGAAGGUGGCACUCUGCUGCAUCCAGCACGAUCGGGACACGAGGCCAAGCAUGCAAAAUGUGGUGGAUAUGCUCGAAGGCCGGGUCCCCGUUAAUCUCCUGUAAAUUUAUCCGAGCCACUAUAUGUACACAAUUGAAUACAGGAUUUCCAGUUCCAAAUUUAAAACUUGCAUAAUCAAACGAAGAAGUCAUGUUUUCCGAA